CAAGGCUAGCCACAGCACAGUAGCAUUCUCUCGACAGAGAUUGAUUACACCAACAAAUAGUGCCCUUUUUAAGAUCGUUAACACACACUCUCUGCUGCUUCGUAAGGCUACAAGUAACUAUUUACCUUAAUUAGUUGCAUCACAAUAUACUAGAAACACACCAUCUUCAUAUAUUAAGGCUCAAACACCCCCCACCCCACCCAAAAAAAGAGACAACAUUAGUAUUAAGCAACCUACUGCAAGCUCGAAGUGCAUUGCUGUUCCAGGAGAACGCGCGCAUUGAUCUGCUGUGCAGUUUUUCAGGGGGUAAAUGCAAUCACGUGUUCUAUAGGCGUCCAAUCCCAGCUGGAGAAGCUUUCUGAAAUAAUUACCUGUCUUGAUUGUUCUACGGUCAGAUAAAAAAGUACACAUACACUCCAUAUAAUAAUCGGAUGCAUGUAAAAGAGAAGGGAAACAUCGCCAUGUCGGCUACGGGUCCCAUAAGUAAUUAUUAUGUGGAUUCCUUGAUCAACCAUGAGAGCGAGGAUGUUCUAGCGAGUCGUUUCACAGCCACUGGUCCGAUUUCCUCCAGCUCACGCCCGACGCCCCUGGUCCCGGAAUGCGCGGAUUACCCGUCUUGCAGCUUUGCCCCGAAACCACCAGUCUUUACUACCUCAUGGGCCCCUGUUCACUCCCAGUCGUCAGUGGUUUACCAUCCAUACACUCACCAACCUCACCUAGGCACAGACUCAAGGUACGUUCGCUCUUGGCUGGAGCCUAUCCCCGGUACCGUGUCUUUUCCAGGAUAUGCAGGGAACAGCAGGCACUACGGGCUGAAGCCCGACACCUUCCAGGAUCCCCGUGCUGGAGACUGUUUGGGCUCGAACGGACGCACUUACACGGAUUACAUUUACUGCUCUGCCGUCGACAUUCGGGAAAAGCAGCAGAAUACACCAUCGCCUGAGACGGAGAGUCUGUCUUCCGGGAAGCACAAAGACAAGGCUGAAUUAGACCCGAAUAAUCCUGUGGCAAACUGGAUCCAUGCACGCUCUACUCGAAAGAAGCGUUGUCCAUACACCAAGUAUCAAACUCUCGAACUCGAAAAGGAAUUUUUAUUCAAUAUGUACCUCACAAGAGACCGGCGAUAUGAGGUAGCAAGGGUGCUGAACCUGACGGAGAGACAAGUCAAAAUCUGGUUCCAGAACCGACGGAUGAAGAUGAAGAAAAUGAACAAAGAAAAAAACGACAGUAAAGAAAAAUAGAUCAAAAGUCACUCAUCAGAAAAAGACUGAAGGAAAAUCAUCAUUUAGUAUCGUUAUGAGUCUUAACAUUUGCACCUCCGGCCCACAACAACAACAGAGAAAAUAAAAAGGCUAUCCUACAUGGAAGUCCUUCAAAACGUGAUGAUAUAAGUAUGAUUUGAUGUAAGUGUAAUUUUACCAUCCUGACGUAAUUCAUAUUAAUACCAUACGCAAUUUGGAUUUACAUAACAUUUAUUUACUCACAAAUACAAAUAAAAGUGGACUCUGCAGAGAGGCUGCCCCGAAGUCUCAGAGAGAAAAUACUUGAACUACUUUAUUUUCAAAUUCCUAAUUUAUGCUAUCUACGUUGUUGUUUCUUUUCUAUGCUUCCAUUAUUUGUAGGAGGUUUUAAAAAAGCUGAAUAUUUUAUAAAGGGUAACAAUUCUGUAGUUAAACAAAAUAUACGUGUUUGCGUCGAUGUGCUUAGUUUGUUUCUGAUGUACCUGUUUGUGUAUUUUACAUUCUUUAAAAUGUAAAUGAGUUUCAUCAUAGAUUGUAGAUAUAUCCAAAUAUAUACAACCAUGUUAAUAUGACUUUUGUGU